UACUUUGGUCAUUUGACACCACCCGCCUGAUAUUCCCGCUCGGGGGCGCGAAAAUCUCUUACCCACUUGGGAGGAAGAGCCGCCGAAAGAGAGGGAUAGCGGAAGAGGGCCAAGUGGAUAAGCUCGGAGGAAGAGGAAGGAAAGAAGGUCAGCAGAGAAGUUUUCGUGGAUGGCAAUGGAAGAUGUGGCGGGGACUUCUGCAUGGGUCGUCAGCCGUUCUUCCCACGUGAAGGUGGACUCCUUAGCUCUUGAAGAGGUUGUUGGAAAAAUUGAAGGUUCAAUUCCGAAAAUUGAAUGGGACUAUGAAGGAAUUCACUACUUUGAUAAUGGGCCACUUACUGUACAGUACCUUCUUGUACUCGAUGCUCUGAAUUUCUGUUUUUGGCCAGACAAGGAUUUUUGCUAUGAUCAUCUUGCUGUUGGCCUAAAGGAAGCUUUACAGAAUGACAAAUCUGCCUUGGAUGCAGACCGUUUACAGAGUUACACUGGUUGUCAACUUCGUGAGAUGUUAAAAUGGCCAUCACCACUUCCAUUGGAGGAUGAGCGGGCACGCUUGAUGCAUGAGGUUGGUUUGGAGCUUGAGAGAAGCUUUGGUGGAAAGGCCGCUAACCUUGUAAAAGCCAGUGGAAACUCUGCUCUAUCUCUUGUUUCCCUAGUUACAAAGCAUUUUCCUGGUUUUCGAGAUCAUUCCUUAUACAAAGGUCACCAGGUCUUCUUCAACAAAAGAGCGCAGAUUUUUGUGGCUGACUUAUGGAAUGCUUUCAAGGGGAAGGGAUUUGGCGCCUUCCAUGAUAUAAGUUCCAUAACAAUAUUCGCCGAUUAUAUUGUGCCUGCUGUGCUAAGGCAACUUGGCAUUCUAAAAUACAGCUUGUCUUUAUCAGAUUCUGUUGAUUCUAAUCGUGAAAUAGGUUCCGGUUCUGAGGAGGAAACUGAGAUUCGUGCCUCUUCAAUUUAUGCUGUCGAGAAGGCGAAGGAGCUCUUGAAAUCCAAGUAUGGGAAACAAGUAUUAAGUUUGGAAUUAGAUCUAUGGCUUUGGUGUUGUGGCGUUAAGAAUCCAUCCCUGAAGCAUCAUCGCACGCUCUCUAUUUACUACUGAAUCCAUCUGUUUCAGUAACCCUCAACACUCCUUAUUUUUUUUCUCAUCGCACGCUUUCUAUUUACUAUUGAAUCCAUCUGUUUCAGUAACCCUCAACACUCCUUAUUUUUCCUUCUAAUUAAGUUCAGAUUUUUAUUUAUUUAAUUUUAUUUAUAAAUUUUGUAGCUGUGGCAGAUUGAAAAGUUCUUAGGUCGAAAGCUAAUUACUUGACUGCUUUCCUGGUCCACCCUAAUCAGUACUUUGUGCCUUAAUUUGGUUAAUGACAGCAU